AUGGACUCAACACCGCGACAUCCAAAUCGCUUCAAUGAUCCUAUUCCUUCAUCCUCGCCUGGAUUUGGAACGCCAGCGCGUCCUUUUCGAUUGCAAAAGGGAAAUGCACCGCCCAAAACCUCAAUAUUGCCAAUCCUGCUCCCCCCAUCGACCCUACGCCCAGUCGCCUUCCGAACCUUUACCCGCAAACACAAUCUCACAAUCUCAUCUUCCGCGCUGCAAACAUUAGCUGUUUUCGUGGGCAAGAACUGUGGUUCAGGAUGGCGAGAAGAAGGCCUUGCAGAGCGAGUUCUGGAUGAGGUAGCCAAAAUAUGGAAACGAGCCGGCGGAGGCGUGAUUGUGGAGGAAGGGAAAGGCGCAUCCUUGAAGACGAUACUGCAGACCCUUGAAGGCAGUAUGAGCGGCGGAAGGGUUGUUGUCGGUAAAGCCCAGGAUGGUAAACCAUCAGCGCUCGGCAUGGAUGAUGGGCACAUUGAAACAACCGAGUCUUUGGCGAUGCCCGCCAAUGAAGAAGAGGAUUCACAGCUAUCUCUUCAUCCGCGACACUGGCUUAGGGUUGUUGACGCCUUUGAUCUCCCGCGCCUGACAUAUAACGUCGACAAGAAGUACUUCGAGGCCAUCAAGUCCAAACCAUCUUUGUUUCCCUCGCCAGCUCACAAAACCGCCCUAUUCCGAGACCGAUAUAACCUCGUUUACCAGCGACUGCUGCGCAAUGAAGCCUUUCAAAGUUCUUUGGGCUCAGCCGGUGUUCCAUCCUUGCAACGUUCUUCAUCCAAUCUUGCGCAGCGCCAGUCCUAUAAACUAACACCCAUUGCCAAUCUGCUGGGCAGGACUGGCACCUCUCAUUUGCUUCUUGGGUUACUUUCAAUCUCUGCCACUGGUGACUUGUCCCUUGUGGACCUAUCUGGAAGCGUGGCAUUGGAUUUGAGCCAUGCCCGCAUGAUUCCCGAAGAUGGUGCAUGGUUUGCACCGGGUAUGAUUGUGCUCGUGGAUGGUAUCUACGAAGAGGAAGAGAUGGUCAAGGGUGCUGCUUUGGGUGGUAAUACCGGCAUUGGAGGUGCAAUCGGUGGCCAAUUCGUUGGUAUAUCAAUUUGUGGACCUCCAUGCGAAAGGCGAGACAUCUCUUUGGGUACAAGCAACCGCCAUGACAGCGGGCAGAUGAGCUCCAGCGGCGGCUUUGGGUGGGUAGACUUCCUUGGGCUCGGAAGUGAGCGCGCGCAAGGUGCACGGAUGAGAAGAAUCCAAGAAAAAUGUCUCCCGCAUGAUCAUGAGACCAUGGAAGCACCACCCAGGCUCAAGGUCGCUGUCAUGAGCGAAAUCAACUUGGAUAACAUGAAGACCUUGGAUGCGCUCAAAAAGGUCUUCAGCACCUACAAUGAUCUCGCUCUCCGGGAGCGUCCACAGGCCUUUGUCUUAAUUGGCAACUUCGUGCAGAAGGCUGUCAUCAGCGGAGGUGGUCGAGCCGGAAGCAUCGAGUAUAAGGAGUACUUUGAUUCAUUAGCCUUAGUGCUGUCCGAUUUCCCGGCGUUGCUUCAACACUCGACUUUUGUCUUUGUGCCAGGUGACAAUGACCCAUGGGCAUCGGCCUUUUCUGCUGGUGCAGCCUCAACAGUGCCCAGACAGCCAAUCCCAGAUCUAUUCACCUCCCGAGUAAGACGGGCCUUCGCAACCGCCAAUUCAGAGCUCGGAGCCCAGAACAAAGAGCCACCAGGCGAUGCCGUCUGGACUUCGAACCCUGCACGUCUUUCCUGGUUUGGGCCCGUUCAUGACAUCGCCGUCUUCCGCGAUGACAUGUCGGGACGUCUAAGACGCAGCGCUGUGAAUACGACACUUGAAAGUGAAGACCCAGACGUCACAAUGCAGGAACCUCCUAGCAGUGCUGGUGCCUUCGCCCAAGGUAACAGCCAAAUUGACGAUCUGGGCCAACAUGAAAACACUAAAGCGACUGCUGCAUCUGGAGCUACCAUGGCUCGCAGACUGGUCAAGACACUUUUGGACCAGGGGACAGUCUCUCCAUUCCCGUUGCCAUUGCGACCCAUUCUAUGGGAUCAUGCCUCCGCUUUGCAGUUGUAUCCAUUGCCAACUGCAUUGGUCCUGGCAGAUCCCGAGGCCGCCCCGUUCUGCAUGACAUAUGAAGGCUGCCAUGUCAUGAAUCCUGGACGUUUAGUACCCGAAGGUGGCACCCCGACGGCGAGAUGGGUGGAGUACGAUGUGCUGCGCAACCGGGGCAAGAUCAGAGAAGAGCGUUGUUAA